GCAUGGCCUCCGCACGGCCGCCGGGCCGGGCCUGUGCCUCGGCGCCCGCGCCCGCGGGGCUCCGGGCUGGGCCGUCCGCGCAACCGGCCGCCUCCCGGGAGCCCGCGGACGGCGCCGAGGCGGAGGAGCGCUCGUUGCAGCACAUGCUGCGCGCCAUAGCCGAGGAGCGCGGUCGCCUUAGCCUGCGCCGCGAGGUCUGCGGCCUGGGGUGCUUCAAGGAUGACCGCAUCGUCUUCUGGACCUGGAUGUUUUCCACCUACUUCAUGGAGAAACUGGCCCCCAGGCAGGAUGACAUGCUCUUCUAUGUGCGCAGGAAGCGAGCCUACCCAGGCAAUGAGAGCAGCGUCGACGGGAGGAAGGCUGAGGCUGAGCCUGAAGUGGAGGUGGAAGUGUACCGGAGGGACUCCAAGAAGCUUCCGGGCCUGGGAGAUCCUGACAUCGACUGGGAAGAGAGCGUUUGCCUGAACCUCAUCCUGCAGAAGCUGGACUACAUGGUCACCUGCGCUGUGUGCACGCGUGCCGACGGGGGCGACAUCCAUAUCCAUAGGAAGAAAUCCCAGCAAGUGUUUGCCUCCCCCAGCAAACACCCCAUGGACAGCAAAGGGGAGGAAUCCAAGAUGAGCUACCCCAACAUCUUCUUCAUGAUUGACAGCUUCGAGGAGGUAUUCAGUGACAUGACUGUGGGGGAAGGAGAGAUGGUCUGUGUCGAGCUGGUGGCCAGUGACAAAACCAACACGUUCCAGGGUGUCAUCUUUCAGGGCUCCAUCCGCUACGAGGCGCUCAAGAAGGUGUAUGACAACCGCGUGAGUGUGGCCGCUCGCAUGGCCCAGAAGAUGUCAUUUGGCUUCUACAAGUACAACAAUAUGGAGUUUGUGCGCAUGAAGGGGCCUCAGGGCAAGGGACAUGCAGAGAUGGCAGUCAGCCGCGUGUCCACUGGCGACACCUCCCCCUGUGGGACCGAAGAAGACUCAAGCCCAGCUUCGCCCAUGCAUGAGCGGGUGACCUCCUUUAGCACCCCGCCCACUCCGGAGCGGAACAACCGGCCGGCCUUCUUCUCCCCGUCCCUCAAGAGGAAGGUGCCUCGGAACCGCAUCGCAGAGAUGAAGAAGUCACACUCGGCCAAUGACAGCGAGGAGUUCUUCCGAGAGGACGAUGGUGGAGCCGACCUGCACAAUGCUACCAACCUGCGGUCUCGAUCCCUGUCCGGCACAGGACGGUCCCUGGUCGGGUCCUGGCUGAAGCUGAAUAGAGCUGAUGGAAACUUCCUUCUCUAUGCACACUUGACCUAUGUCACCUUGCCACUGCAUCGGAUCUUAACAGACAUCCUGGAAGUACGGCAGAAACCCAUCCUGAUGACCUAGUGUGCGUGGGGCCUGCACGGAGCCCCGGCCCUGCCUGGCCCUGGGAAUGCUGCCAAGUGCCUACCUGUCACCGCCACCGGGGUCUUCUGUGACAAGCCAGCACCGGAGCUACAGCCAGGCAGGGCCGCUCGACUCCUGGGGCCAGGGCCGACUCCAUGAACACCAGCCCAAACUGAAGUGCCUCGUCCUCCUCCCUCGCUGGCUCUGCUCCCACCCUGUGCCCGCGCUUGGCCCCCUUGGCCUAUCUCUGGAGAGCCUUCUGCUCCCAAAGAGGGCCAGAGACACCAAGAGGUCAUAGAGAGCGUGAAGGGCUGCCAGCUUCCAGAAUGUUCUUAGACCUCCUGACCUCGGCUCCCGUUCCCCUGCUGGGGCUCUGUGCCAGGCCGCUGUCCACACAUCCUACACAAAGCCAGUUGGAGGUUCUGUAAUGCAGUACUGACGAACUUCAGCUCGCGGUUCAGUCCCAACUUGUUCCCCAUAGUUACUACUUGUCGCAGUGGGUCCCAGCUGGGGGUCAGAGAGCAUGAGCUGUUUGCCGGCUGGGAAUACCUCGCCCUGUGCCCAGCUCCGGGAUGGGUCUUAGCCUCCAGCUGGGCAGACAGGCCCCCAUCCCCAAGAAUGGCCUUUGCUUCCAUCCAAAGAACACCGCCAACACACACACCUCCGACCCCGAGAUGACCUGUGCGUCAGUCUCGGCUGGAGGGACGCAGAGUUUGGUUCUGAAGGAAGGUGGGAGGGUAUUUCUGCUGAGGGGUAUCUGAUGGGGACCAGGGUGGAAUCCUCCCAGGAAAGUUGUAGGCAGAACCACCCUGGGGCUGGAGCUCAGAGCGAGGAUGGUGCUGUUGCCUCUGUCCUGUGCUUUGGUCAGCAAGCUGAUCUGGUCUUCAGCCUGGCUUCUUAGGCAGAGAGGACCAGAGUGGGCUGCCCAUGAGACCGCGCUGUUCUCGGUGGGUGCAAGUGGCUGUGUGGGUCACCAGCCCAAGCCUCACCCUGGCAAUAUGCUCUAGCUAAGGCCUCCUCCACCCGCCUGGAAUAAACUGGAAGCUGGGCCUCCUGUUGCUGCUGGGUUUAGUGCCCCAGAUUCUGGAGAACUCAGCAGUGUAUGUAGGGCUCAGGCUCUCUGGGCUGGAGAGCAGGCCCAGGGGCAUGGCUUCUGUCUGGCUCCAUUCCUUGGUCUCUGGGAGUGGGGACUACUUUGGGGCUUUCUCUAGAUUUUGUAUGUUGUUAUUAAAAAGCGAGCUAUUGCAUUUCAUUCUGCCUCAGUUUGCCCACCUGUAAAAUGGGGCUGAUACCACCUACCUCACUGAAGUCUCCAGGGUUCAAGUGCAUGGCUGGGUCAGGGUUUGCUCACCUGUCAUUCUGCAUAGCUUGGGUUGAGUCUUAGGAGUGGGUGUUAGGUGGCGAGGAAGCUCGCUCUCCUACCUUCUCUGAAAUAACUCCUUCCAAAGGGACAAAUAGUGCAUAAGCUUAGACACUGGUAUUCUGCUGGAGCCUGGGUCUCUGUUCUAAUCUAGGAUGUGGUCCUGCAGUCUAGGAUAGCCAUUUCUUUUGCAAGGUGUGAAUGCUGUCCCCACAGUUGUUUCUAGGGAGGUCACAGAACCUGCCACUUCAGGAUCUGGCCAUUCUGGGGUCUGAACACUCUGGACUCGAUUAUCUUGGAGGGGAAAUAGAGCUAAGUGUAUCUUCUGUGGAUGACUGAGGCAGUCUAGACCCAUAGCAAUUCCAUUACUUCUCUUUUCUGGGGGGUCCCUCCCCCAGAGCUCAGCCAUGCUCUCUUGGCCGGGCUUGGGCAAGGCUGGCUCCGCUAAGCUGCGGUAACCGAGUACGAGCACUUCCCAAGCUGUAGGUACAGUCUGUACCUUGGAACUAGGCUCUGUGUGGCACACAGAACAGACUGAUGGCUGUGAGCGCAAUUUCCAAUUCUUAGGUACCAUCAUUCUCUUUGUAGAGGAGGAAAGCACCCCAGAGAGACUGAGUGACCUCAAAAUUGAACCAUGAGGAAGAGUGGCAGGAGGCAAGCUUGAUCUGAGCCCUAGUCAAUGGUCUGAACCACACGCUGUCCCCUGGUAUACAGAUAUUUAGUCAUAUUCCCCUUUCUCCAAAGGGCACUUUGGAGUUCCAAACAUGUUCUGAUGCCCUUGGGCACUGGACUAGAAUUGUGAUGUUUACCUUUUCAAGUAGCUGAUAUCAGACACAGUGGCACAUGUGUGCAGCCCUGAGGCUGAAGUAGGACAGAGUUCCUGGCCAACCUAGGCUACGUAGUGAGACCCUGUCUCAAAGUGACAAGUGACAGAAGUACCCAGAAUCCUCCUGGGGUCGACUGGCUUCUAAGGCCAUCUUUAAUGUUUCUGGUAGCAUGCCUGCCCUCAUACAACACAGGGUGACAAAUAGCACCUGGAAUUCAAGUCCAGUUUGUUUUGAGGAAACCUAGGUGUCAGUCUUUAGGACACUAAGAGGAAAAUGUUGUUUGCUUUGUGUCCAGGAUGUAGGAGGUAUCCCUGUUUCUUCAGGUAGUGUCUGUAUUGCCUCCUGGGAUCUUACUGGAAUCCUGGCUGCCCACACUGGCAGCCCAAGCUAUCCACACCACCAAAGAUUUAUUAUUUAAAACACAGGCAAAAAAAAAAAAAAAAGCCAGGUGUGGUGGCACAUGCUUUUUAUCCCAGCACUUGGGAGGCAGAAGCAGGUGGGUCUCUGUGAGUUUGAGGCCAGCCUAGUCUGCAGACUGAGCUCCAGAACAGCUAGGGGCUACAUAAUGAGACCCUGUCUCAAAAAAAAAAAAAAAAAAAAGCAUUUUCAUUAAAAGAAAUCCCAGCCCCUGUGUAGUUGGUCUAGUCAAUAAAUAUAUUUAUUUUUGACAUUAUCAUAAGUGGUUUUAAGUUUUUGGCCCAAACUCUGGAUGUAUUAAGUUUUGCUCUGAUUUAGGUCCUGUCCAUUUUUCAGGUUGGCUGUCAUCUCUCACUUCAAAAUCCAAGUAUCUUGACAUCACAAUGGCUUCUCUCUGUUCAGGCUCAUUCACCUCUGUAGGUCUGUCCCUGUGGACAUAGUCACCCUGAAGAGUAAAUACAACACCCGAAAGGACUAGGAGCUCUCAGGGAUGCGAACAUGCAGGCGCCAUGGGCUCACAUGCUUCACAGAAGUCUCUAACCCUCGAAUGGCAGGUGAUGCAUCAUCUGGAUGGGCCUGGGGCCUGGAGGCCAGGUGAAAAGACCUAACUCACCUUUUGGGGCAUCAGCAAUGGCCCUUCCAGAGAGGUAGCCAGAGUGCUGCCUGUCCUUCUGAGGAGUGGUGGUACCCAGUGGGCCUUCACUGAUUAGAGACUGACAUGAACCUCCAGGCCUUUCUCUGAGCCUGAGACAAGUGGCCACUGGCCACUAUCGGAACACCACACACAUUAUGUGACUUGACAGCUUGUGGCUGGGGUGGGGAUCUGAGUUCUGCAGCAGGUAGAUCCCCACAGGUGGAGGAAGCCAUGGUGUGCUGACAGUUUGUGUUAAGUUUUCCAAGGUAACUUUGGGCCAUGAGCUGUCAAUGGGUUUUUUUUUUUUUUUUUUUUUUUUUUUUGGUCUGUUUGUUUUUGAGGCAAGAGUCUGUUGUAGCCCAGGCUUCCAUCAAACUUACUGUGUAACAGAUGACUAAUGAACCUGCCUCCACUUCCAUGUGCUGGGAUUACAGGCUUCCACCAACCAUACCCAGUUUUAUGCUGUGCUAGGGUGGGGGUAGGGGGGUGGAACCCAGGGCUUUGUGCUCUUAUUUGGGUUGUAUCCCUCAGCUCUUUCUUAACUUCUUUUGCCUCAGCCCCUUACUUUGUAGGUCCAAAUAGCAAUCUUCUUCCAAAAUUAGUGUAUGAGAAUUACACCUACAAAAAAAUAAUUGUGAUUGGCUUUCCCAUAAACACCCGCAUCCAACAGAAAGCCACUCAAGGCAGGCUUUGUGGUGGCUGUUGACUUUGCUUUAUGAUUUCAUGUUUGAGACAUUGCUUUGCAUUUUAGAGACAUUUAAGAUGAGUUUUCUUCGAAGUACCCCAGAUCUGCACCUGUUUCUUUUAAUGAUUUAUGUUUCAGGAUAGGAAUGAAUUUGACUUUGUUGCAAGUUUUGCCACAAGAUACCAUUCUGAAAUGGUACCUGAUGAUAGAAGCCAUCCUAUGGGAGGGCUGUCCUGCUGGCUGCUGGCCUGUGGAGACCCUAGGAGGGGGAUAGUGACCAUCCUGGCUAGAGGUGUGGGCGUUUCCAAAGCUGAUCACAUGAUGCCUUUUGGGCUGGUUCUGUCCUCCCAUGAAAAUACACCCUGGCAGUGUUUUGGACUGAAAUCUCCCAAAGCUUUUCUGAGAACCCCCUAAAAACCUUCACAGUCGUGGGAAGAUGGCUGGAAUCGAAGUUGGGCACUAAGUGGGAGUUAGGAAAGAUCCCAGCAGGCAUCUGACCUUCCCUGUCGCACAGCACCUCUGUGAUGGGGCUGCUGAGUGGGCUCAGGGGUUCUGGCUGGCCUGGCUUUUUCAGGGCCUGCAACCAUCACAGGUUGAACACAUCACAGCCACCUUUCAUGCAUAGGGUUUCUAAAACAUGCCAAAUGACUUCUUCAUGUCACAAGAAAGAGGGUCUAAUAUACUGUAUACACUGGAGUUAGAACUGCAGUGGAAGAGCAGAGAAAGAGGGUCUUGAGAGGACACCAUAAGGAACCAGUCACUACCCUAGAAAUCCCAGGAGUGUUUUUUCUGAACUGGUACCUUUAACUACAAGGUGGUGGGAAGGAGGCAGCAGCUUAGCAGGUAAGCCAUGCCUCUUUGCCAUCCGUGUCAAACCCUGGCUAGCUCUUUCAAGUGGCCCAAAGUCUCUGCCCUGGAGGCUGGCUGCAGGGCCGGCAUUCCAGCUUCCCAGCUACUUUGGGAAGGCAGUUCUGCUCUCAGGUCUUUUAUUCUGACUCAUACAUUGCUGUCGGCCUGGAAGAAAAUGCUCCCUGGAAAGGAAAACCUUCCAGAUUGUUUGUAGAAGAGAGUAAUGUAAAAUAACGCAAUCCCUGUAGCUCAUUGUAUAUACCCAUGUCAAUUGGAGACAUCGGAUUUUAUGCUUGUUAAAGUGACAGAGCGCUGGAAAACCUAGGGAAGGGAAAACUUGCUUCCAGGAAUGGGCGAUAAAAGAACGGUUCCUGUUCUUAACAGUGUCACUCACUUGCCUCCUACAGCCUCAUGUAAGCCAACAGGCUAUCAAAACUAUUCUCCUCUAUGUGGAUGGCUUUCAUUUUGGAAUCUGACUUUAAUAAAGCAAUUAGGUUGCUCAGUUUGAAAUAACCAUUGUUUCUGGUGAACCUUGAUUAUAUUCUGAAUAAACAAUUUUACUCAAAAGACCUAGGCCAA